UUUGAAAAAUAAAGGCUCAAUUAUAUUGGUGUAUUAACCUAACCCGGCAGUAAGUAAGUAAGUAAGUAACCUGACGAUAAUAAUGUUGACAGGUAUUCAUGGAAUUCCUCCUUGCAAUCCAGAUGUUGGAGACGAUGACGUUUUCAUGACACUGAACCUGCCAGUGGAGAGAGGUGACUCAAGGUCGUCAUCGGACUCGUCAGCAGGCAAGCCGCAGCCCCUGCCCCCAGCUGCCCCAGAGCCUGAAAGCUACUCCUAUGUUCAGCUAACAGCAGUACAUGACUACAUGUACCCUGUAGUGGAGGGCGAGGGCAGUCUCAAGAAACGUGCACAGCUCACACUUCCCAACAAGCGGAAAGAACGCUGUAGACACUGCCAGGAACCAUUCUCUAGUGAGAACAACGUGAGGGGCUCGUGCCCGUUCGCACCUGACCACGUGAGGACCGCCAUCGAGUGUGUGGCGUGCUUAGGCGUGGCGCGCCGUGUGCUGGGUGAGGAGCCGUGCGAGUGUGGUGCAGGCUGUGGCCGACGUUGGCUCACACUAGCGCUACUCUCGCUGCUGCUACCCUGCCUGUGGUGCUACCCACCGCUGCGCGCCUGUCACCUCUGCUGCGUCUCCUGUGGCGUAUGCGGUGGACAGCACCGGCCAGCCUCAUAGCCUCCCCUCUCGACCCAACCCCGUCUCCGCAGUGAAGAGACCCUCUAUCUUCCUUGGCUCAGGGGAAAAUAUGGUGUUUCUUCAGGAGAAAGUUCUUUGUAUAAAAAAAGUAUAUUAAAUGUUUAUAUUUAUAAAUAGAUAUAAAUAUGCCGUGUUGUCAUCGUCGUCGCGGUCGUAACGGACUACUUGUACAAAUAUAGUGUGAAACACAGUCGCAGCGACUAGCACGACAAUUCCUCUUCUGACACUCGUGAAUUUGUGACGAACUGACUUUAUGUGCACUACUUAGCCCGAGCGAAGACAUUCCGUGAAUGCGGUGUGAUGUUAAAAUUAAUACAUUGUUAUUGUUAUAAAUUAUCAUUUUUUAUUAUGUACAUUUUUAGUAAUGUAAAUGUUCAUAUACCAUCACCUAUCGUUUUUGAAUUCGUCAUCGAUUUUAGCUUCAUUAUUAAUAAAAAUUAUUGUGUUAAGCUUAAAUAUUUAUUAUUUAUACAAAACUAUUAUAUAUAGGUUGUACACUCUUA